GGCGCCUCCGCCACGGCCGAUCUCCGCGGCGACCUCCUCGCGGGCGCCUCCGCCACGGCCGACCUCUUUGCCCCGUCCUCUUCACAACGCCUCACCGUUGAGUGCGCCGUCGCCGUCCCGAGCCUCGACGACGGGUGCGGCUGCCGCGUGGAGGAGCCCACCCUCUUCUACAUGCCCCACUGCGAGGCGUCGCUCUACGACGCGCUCAUCGCAGCCAACUGGGAGCCCCGCGCUCAGCUCCGCCGGUACGCUGUGCAGGCGGAAGAGAACCGCUCGGGAUCCGCCGCCAAGGCCAAUCUUGUCCUCAAGGCAGGGCGGUUCGCGUGGAAGCAGCGGAUCGACGAGGCCGGGAAUGUGGACGACGAGGACUGGUUCGCCCGUGCGUUCAACGAGACGAGCUGGCAUUUCUUCGAGGUGGACGAAGCCGUCGACCAGAGGACGGAGAUAAGUUCCCAAGCUUUGUCCUUCGAGAAAUUAUCACUGUAACCCAAUGUAUUGCUUGAUUCGAGAUGCAUUUGCAGAUUCAGGGUUGGCAUCCUCACAAAAUUUAUCACUGCAAUUCUGUGAUUGUAUACUAGUAUUUGGUUGGAGAUGAAUUCACAGAUUCAGAGUUAGCAUCUGAGCUUAAUUUAUCACUGUAAUUCUAUGAUUGUAUUACUUGAUUGGAGAUAUAUUCAAAGAUUCAGAGUUGGCAUCUUA